GCGGCGGCGGCGGCGUCGCGUUCCGUUCCGGACCCAGGCUGGUAGCGGGAAAGUUGCGGGACCGGUGAGAGGAAGCAGCCCCGGGACGGGCAGCGAGCACGGCGCCGAGCCGAAUCCCCCAGCACCCACGGCCUCGCCAUGGACGACCUCGACGCGCUGUUGGCAGACUUGGAAUCUACCACCUCCCACAUCUCCAAACGGCCCGUGUUCUUAUCUGAGGAGCCUCCCUACUCCUACCCAACUGGAAGCCACACGUACCAGGAGAUUGCGGUGCCACCCCCUGUCCCACCACCCCCGUCCAACGAGGCCCUCAAUGGGACAGUUUUUGACCCCUUAGACCAGUGGCAGACCAGUGGCUCCCGAUUCACCCACCAGCAGCCUCCAUCCCCAUCACCCGUGUACAGCUCCAGUGCCAAAGCCCCUGGUGCCUCCAACCCCCAAGACGGCGUGGGUCCUCCGUGCUCCCGAGCAGGCGAGGAGGAGCACGUCUACAGUUUCCCUAACAAGCAGAAGUCAGCUGAACCUUCACCUACCAUCAUGAGCUCCUCGCUGGGUAGCAACCUCUCUGAACUUGACCGCCUGUUACUAGAACUGAAUGCCGUGCAGCAUAAUCCCCCAGGCUUCCCUGCAGAUGAUGUCAACUCAAGCCCCCCACUACCUGGAGCCCUGAGCCCUCAUUUUGGGAUCCCAGAGAAUAAUAGCCCUCUGGGAGGCAAGGCUGGGUCCUUGACGAAAGAGAAGCCAAAACGAAAUGGGGGCCGAGGCCUGGAGGAUAUGCGGCCCAGUGUGGAGAGCCUCUUGGAUGAACUGGAGAGUUCUGUGCCCAGUCCUGUCCCCGCCAUCACUGUGAACCAGGGCGAGAUGAGCAGCCCACAGCGAGUCACCUCCAGCCAGCAGCAGACCCGCAUCUCGGCCUCCUCUGCCACCAGGGAGCUGGACGAGCUCAUGGCUUCACUGUCAGAUUUUAAGACCAGUUCCUCUGCUGUGGCCCAGAGCUCUCCGGAGUUGCUGCCCAGCCCACCUCCAUCCCCAUCCCACACCCUUCCUCCUCCUCCUCCCAUGCCUUCUGUAGCCCUGGCCUCCACCACUAAGCCCACCCCUGGAGGCCAAGGUCCCACUCCAGAGGUAUGCACUGAGGAAAAUAGACAGGUCCUUCUGACCCCUGUGGCCCCUAGCUGGCUUGAUUUGGCUGGCUUUGAGGUGACUUCUGAUAUCCGCAAUUCAAAGUGGCCUACUGUGGAGGGUUCUCCGGGGUCAUUUAGUGCCAAGAGCCAGGCUCCAGUUAAGAGGGACCUGCUGAACUCCACGAAUGAGCCCUCUAGUGAUCCCCUCUGCCACACCGCAUCCCCUGCUGGGGGCACAGGAUCCCAGGGGCCAUUGGCUAUCCCAUUUUGUCCAGAGGAGGUUGUGGCUGCCACUUGGAAGUGGCCGUGGGCUUUGGCAACAUCCAGGCCCAAUACUCCCCAUGAAGCCACUCGCAGCUUUCCAGAAGUAAUUGAACCAACUGUUGUGGCCGUGGACCGUCAAGCCAUCUUCCCUGACACCUGGCGUAUCACCAAGGAAUGUGGCCAGCAGGAGAGGACAAAGUCAGAGCCAGGGGACUUGGAAAGCAGUUGCCCUGUCCCAGCUGACAAGGAGCAAUUAGAUGGAGAGCUUCCCUGGAGGGGAAGUCUUAGGGGAGCAGCCCAGGCACCUGAGACCUCAAGGAACCCAGAAGACACCAUCAGAGCUGCUCCCAAAGCCAGGAAGGAACAGCCGGAGACUCCACAUGCCACGGCCACAGGCACACUUGGCGCCUCUGAGAGGAUUUCUACCUCUGGCCAGAUCCGCUCUGUGAUCAGGAGGAGCCGGGAGACAGGCCACGCACACCCCAUGUCCCGGGAGCCCUCUCCUCGCCGCAGGCUGGAUCCCGCCACCCUGAGCAGGACCCCAUCCCAGGAGCAGCUCAUCGCGGAGCUGCAGGGCCGGUUGGGCAUCCAGCCGGAGGCAGAUGAGGCCACAGGGACCCCCACUGAGGACUGGCUGACAGAGGGCAUUGUCAUCACUGUGCAGCCGCGUGGGAGGCGGGCUGGGGCUCAGCUCAUAGAGAAGGUUGUCUUCCCUCCCGACUCUCCCAUUCCCCUGAGAAGAACCCUCUCUGGUGUGGCUUCUCCUCCUCCUGCCCCCUUGCUCCAGCGCCACUCAGACGCCCUGGCCGGCACCUCUUCUCCCCUGCCCAGCCUGCCCACUCCCUCUCGCCUGGGGCCCUCGGCUGGCACCCAUGGGUCUCCUGGGGUCCAGAGUGCAGGGGAGGAGCCCUGUGACAAGGAUGGGCAGGGCCCCGCCCUUCCCACUCCUGGACCCCACACUGUGAGGUCUGUGGGCUGCCAGACUGAUGAGGACCCGCUCUUCCCCCUGAUGCAGAUGCACGGCCUGGAACAAAGAGCGGACGGAGAGCGGCAGCGGGCGGCCGGCUGGUCUCCAAGCAGCAGGCAGAGCAGCCCUGAAGGGCAGGACGAGGGAGGGUUCAUGGCUCAGGGGAAGACCGGGAGCAGCCCACCCCCCGGGGUACCCUCAAAGCCUGGGAGUCAGCUUGAUAGCAUGCUGGGGAGCCUGCAGUCUGACCUGAAUAAGCUGGGGGUCGCCACCGUCGCUAAGGGGGUCUGUGGGGCCUGCAAGAAGCCCAUCGCUGGACAGGUGGUGACUGCCAUGGGGAAGACAUGGCAUCCCGAGCACUUUGUCUGCACCCACUGCCAAGAAGAGAUCGGGUCCCGGAACUUCUUCGAGCGGGACGGACAGCCCUACUGUGAAAAGGACUAUCACAACCUCUUCUCCCCGCGCUGCUACUACUGCAACGGGCCCAUCCUGGAUAAAGUGGUGACAGCCCUUGACCGGACGUGGCACCCGGAGCAUUUCUUCUGCGCGCAGUGUGGGGCCUUCUUUGGUCCAGAAGGCUUCCACGAGAAAGAUGGCAAAGCCUACUGCCGGAAGGAUUAUUUUGACAUGUUCGCGCCCAAGUGUGGUGGCUGUGCCCGGGCCAUCCUGGAGAACUACAUCUCGGCCCUCAACACCCUCUGGCACCCCGAGUGCUUUGUGUGCCGGGAGUGCUUCACCCCUUUCAUCAAUGGCAGCUUCUUCGAGCACGAGGGGCAGCCGUACUGCGAGGUGCACUACCACGAGCGCCGGGGCUCCCUGUGUUCCGGCUGCCAGAAGCCCAUCACCGGUCGCUGCAUCACCGCCAUGGCCAAGAAGUUCCACCCAGAGCACUUCGUCUGUGCCUUCUGCCUCAAACAGCUCAACAAGGGCACCUUCAAGGAGCAGAACGACAAGCCCUACUGUCAGAGCUGCUUUCUCAAGCUUUUCUGCUAGGCGCCCACCCGCCGACCGGCCCGCCCUUCCCCAGCCCUCCCCAGCUGCUACUGUGAUCCAGAGCCCUCGCUCGCCCAGGGUGGUGGGCCUCACCCCCCAGAAACUGGAGCCUCGUCCUCAGCAGGCAAAGGCUGAGAAGAGGGCUGUGGGGGUCCUGCCUGCUUCUCCUCACACCCACCUGAGCCCCGGGGCCGCCUCAUCCUGUGGCUGCCUGCUCUCCAUCCUCCUCAGAGGCAGAGGCGGAGGCCGAGUCCAGCCGGCCCCAGGUGUGGCCCCAUGCCAGGUCAGCACUCCACACUGGAACCUCUCACACUCAUUUGUCAGCAGUGGAGUCGGGGCAGGAGAGCAGGCAGGGUCAACUGGGGGCUUUUAAAAAAAAAAAUCCGUCUUUCUCCCUGACCUAAUUAAUUACCCUGAGAGUAUUGGGGGACACCGGUCCCCCUCCAGACAAUGCCAGCAUAAACCCAUCCAUCCAAGGGUGAAUAUGCCCAUGGGCCGCCGAAGGCUCCUUGGGCUCCUGCCUGCCAGUCUCCCUGGGUUUGGGCGACCUCCUCUUUUCUACCUGCUCCGGUUCUACUGAGAAAAGCCUCUCCAGCAAUAAUAUUUUAUAGCCACCUUCUCCAUUUCCGGGGACGGCGUGAGGUGGGGAGUGUCACGUGUGCCUCGACACUGUACCGACUUUGAUAGAUUUCUACACUGAGGUUUGAAUUUGUAUUGUCCCAAGUUGCUUUUACUUCUCUAUACAAGAUGAUUUUGAAGAGAUUUUAAAGAUGUUCCCUUUUGUAUUCUCCCCUCUGUCCACUGCCACUGGUCCUGCAGGUGACCUUGGCUUUGGUAUGGACUUUGCUUUGUACUAAGGGCUUGGGUUGGGGAAGCAAUUUGUAUUUUAUUUUUUUCUUAGCACAAGCAGGUGAACUGGGAGCAGUUCUGUGAUCCCCUUCCCACCCCUUAAUUUCAUAGCUCACCAGGACUGUUUUAUAAACUGCUGUAUUUUGAAACCCCUUCCCCACUGCCCAGGCCAGCAAGCUGUUAAUUAAAACUCGCCAAAGGGCGCUUGGCCCUUUUGGACCUGGAAUUCUGAACCUCAUCUGUCCUGUUCCCAAGAGACACGAGAGGGAAGUACGCUGUGGGGUCUUUCUUCUGCCUGAGGAAGCCAUCUGGAGCCUCUUGUGCCCCAGGAACUCAUGGCAGCAAAGAGAACCCACUGAACAUUCUUAGCUGCCUCAUUGCUCCUCUGGAGAUCUUUGUUCUGUCUUCUCAGGAAAGUUGGUAUCCACUUUUGUCCAGGAAGACCGUAAGGGUCUCUGGUCUUGAACCCACUGGGUACAUCGCUCCCUCAAACUUCCUGGAGACUGGGCACAGGCUGCUCCUCCCCUCUGACAGGCAGGAUCCAUGCUUGGAAGGUCUGGGAAGUAGGACCUAAGCUAGUGCAAGUGGGGCCUGGUAGGCUUUGUAGCCAAGUGACAGGAUCCUGUCAAGCAACGGGAAAUCCCAUAGCUCUUAUUUCCCAAAGAUGAAACCGGAGUAGCUAGGCCUGGGCUUUCUGAAUAAGGGAAAGCAGGUAUUCAGAGAGGUCCGCAGGCAGGGGGCUCAGACCAUCCUACCAGCCUCCUAAUAGAGGCUGAGUGUGUUGGGGUCCCAGAAGUGGAUGCUCUGAACUGGGCUGGAGCAACCCAGGUUUGGGGAGGUCAGUCUGGGCAUUCCAGAGGUCUGAUGCCUCCACCCCCACCCACAGGCCUUAACUGCUCUGUUUACAGUGACCUGUCCCAAGCCUGUCCUCAAGAAGGGAUUGGGGCUUCAGGGGGCCACCCUCUGGGUCGAUGAUUAUGUGAUCAUUUUUUUUCUAUAAACUUCCAACCUGGCUUUUUCCAUUUCAAUUCCUGUGAUUUAUGCCAAUAAAGUUUGCCAUUAUUUUCA